GUGUGUGCAGCACUCUGUUGUGUGAUCCGGCGCAUCAUGUGUGGGAGAGAGCAAUAGGGGAGCCAUGCUUGUGCGAUGUAUUCGAGCUUUUCGACCUGGUGGGGUGCUCUACAGAGCUUUCGCUACGGUGCGAUACCACCAGAGGGGAGAUCCUGCGGAUGUUUUGAGGCUGGAAGCCGACGAUGAUGUCAGCGAGUUGGGUCCGAGAGAAGUGGCCGUGAAGAUGCUGUUCGCUCCCAUCAAUCCUUCGGACAUCAACCAGGUGGAGGGAUCGUACGGCGUCUUGCCGACCCUGCCCGCGGUGGGUGGCAACGAGGGCGUUGGAGAGGUCACGGCGGUAGGGUCGGAUGUGACCCGGCUGGCGGUCGGGGACUGGGCGGUGCCUAUGCCGGCGGCCGGCUUCGGGACUUGGAGGAACGUCGGCAAAGCCGAUGUUUCGAUGCUGCAGAAGUGCCCUUCAGACAUUCCGGCCGAAUACGCGGCGACUAUCGGCGUCAACCCCUGUACCGCGUACCGCCUUCUACGCGACUUCGAGACCCUCCGGGAGGGCGACACCGUAAUCCAGAACGGGGCGAACAGCCAGGUUGGCGUGGCUGUGAUCCAGAUGGCGAGAGAUAUGGGCGUGCGGACCAUCAACGUCGUCAGGGAGCGACCACCCGGCGACAACACCGUAGAGCUUCUCAAGUCCCUCGGCGCCGACGUCGUCGUUACCCCGGCCGUUCUCGGGGUCGCCGACGACUACGCCGAGGCCGUGGCCGGCCUCCCGCCGCCUAGGCUGGGGCUCAACUGCGUUGGGGGUUCAAUCGCGACCUCGGUGGCGAAACAGUUGGAUGAGGGCGGAGCUUUAGUUUCGUACGGAGGCAUGUCUCUUCGGCCGAUCACACUUCCUGCGACCAUUUUGCAGGAUAAAGGGGUGCGGUGCGAUGGGUUCUGGAUAACGAGGUGGACCCAGGAUCGCCCAAGAGAGGAGCGGGAGGCAAUGAUCGCUGACGUGGCCGAAAUGAUUAAGUCUGGCAGACUGCGCUCCUUCCUGGAGCGACAUCGGUUCACACAAUUUUCGCAGGCAAUGAAGGAGGCAAGGAAGCCUUAUCGGAGUCGAAAGGUGUUGUUGGACAUGUCGCGAUGACAGUGCCGAGCCACGCGCAAUAGCUGGCCGAAGGAAAGUGCCGAGAAAGGCCGACGGAGAAAGGCUGGCUAGCUACGUUUAUGUGGGCGUACUGUAGAUCCUGUGUGUCAUGCUGGGGCAAGGGUGUCGGCGGCGUUAGUUGUGAACAUCAUCCUAGGAGAUGCAGUGUGGCGGGAUCAAGAGGAAGGAACACAAACCCUGGAGGCACUUAGAUCCUGGAACGUUAAACGCUGGAACCCACCACACAAACGUUUGUUGUGAUUCUAUGUGGACCGAAUUCAGUUAGGCUCCCUCCUUCUCUGUGUGUACAUUUGGCACGUGUAAGACGUCUCUACUUGGGCUGUUGGAGUUGAGUAAUCGUACUGUGAUGACGGUGAUGACAGAUUGGGGCACGGAUAAGUUUUCCUUCACGAGAUAUGAACCUGGGUUCGUUCGCUCGUCGACAACUUCAGAUAUGUGACGGUUGACCAUGACAUUUAAUCGAUAUUCAUGAAAGACGUGCUGCGUUGAUUUAGGAUGAGGUUUGCUUUCUCGCGUGAGGGUUUAUGCCAUACCGUUUCCACACGGAAGCCCUUGCGCGAGUUGUGCUGUUGUCUUUUGUAGUCAUUUCCCUCCAACGAUACUUCUGAGGAAAAACGGUAACACGCCAGAGAAUCAUUCUGAAGCAUGUACAACGUCCCGGGACGUCGGUAUCGUGCCAGGGGUGAUGCAAGAUGACAUCAUGGGGUUACGUACGAUGAUUAGCGUGUUCUGCAGUUGGGAGAAACGUUCGAAACGAGCAUGCGGGCUCGUGGCCAGUUCUCUUGUUUUUUGUUUUUUUGGGAACCAGCACACGUGGUAGCUCUACAAACGGGUGCAAGAUUGGUUCGCCGGGCUUUCUUUUGGCGAACACGCAGCCAGAAUAUCGAACCAGUCCCCGCACCUUCAGGCGUCUUGCUCACGAGCCACGGGUAGAUGCCUGGAGAGCUCCGGAAAUGUCCGGUGUUCCAGCUGGCACGCAUGCGUUAGAUUCUCAGUGAAACGAGACCGAACCAACUUCAAGAAUUGCUGGUGGGUGGCCAGCAGGUUAUGCUAUCCUCGCUGUCUUGCCAGGAUGCCAUUGCGCCGAGCACACAGCCGACACACUGAUCCCGCACACCGCACCUCUUCCUCUCUUGUUGCCCCUGCCGUUUUCCUCUCUGAACAGAGAGCAUGGCAGCCCCACAACCAAACGGCGGAUAUUCCGUCUUCAGCCGCCUCCUAGGACAUAAAGGCCAAGUGCUUUGCAUCGCUGCCCCAGAAGCGAAGGCGGCAGAGGCGUUGGUCGCAACAGGCGCAGAGGACAGCACAGUCCGACUGUGGGACUUACGAGACGGUGCUACUGCAAGAAGUCCCGCGGGAUCGGGAACAACGUUUUCACCGCGAGUGGCAAUGUGCCUUUGUCGGUGUUUUGGUGGAGAGGCCGUGUCCAGCGUCGUCUUCGGCGCGCACGGCGCGCAUCACCUGUACUGUUCGGCUGGCGGCAAGGUCUGAGUUUCGCCUUGGACUUGAAGCAGGAUGCCGUCUUGCUUGCUGGAACAUCUGCAUCCAGAGGCACGGAAACACCAUACAUGCAUGCGCCGCUACCGCGAUUGAUCGGUUUGUAGGAGACAACGAAGUUGAUUCCGACACAGAGUGCAAAUGACCUGCGCAUUACACCCCAACUAAUAGCGUCGUUCAACGACACCAGCAGUGCCCUUCCCAAUAAGUAUGUGCAUUGUUUGUCACUCCAAACCUGGAAGUUAACUGAUAUUCCGUCAUGGCUUCAGGUGCUCGAAUUUGAUCUUCGGUCAUCAGGGGGGAGUCGCGCGCUUUUGAUGACAAGCCCCACCGAAGUUUUCGACGAUGGCGAGGUGCGCGCAAGAAAGCCUCGGCUGCCGUCACAACAACAAUUCCGAGACCGUAGUAACCCGAGCGAGGCGAAUCGAUAUUUUUCACCCAAACCUAAGCAGUGUUUCCCCCCAUCAAACCAAUUUGCUGUCAUCCAUAGAAUGUACCGGAAUCACUCUCCAUGUACCUGGUAUGAACAACCUGAGGCAAUGGUGCUCCCAAUCUUGUAUUCACUCUCCAAAGUGUGUGAACGCCCUACCACCGUCAAGGACACUACCGCACGCGACAGGAGAAUCCCUUCAGCAGUAGCACCCCAAGAAACGGCGCAAACGGCACUUGGACAAAAGUGUAACGAAUCGUCUAAAACGUCUGUACGUCGGAAUCAACAUGCGUGCGCACUCACGCACUCUUCUUGUAUGUGGGUCCAGGGAGACAUCAGACAUUUUUCAGUCCUUCGAUCUUCGCAUCGUUUUGUAUGCUAUCAACAGGAAGAAGUGAACGAGUUAGCGGUGCACCCUAAGGGGGACUACUUGGCAGCGGCGGACGAUUCCGGGACAGUAAAAGUUUACACUACUAGAACACGCAGGGUGGACAAGACCCUGCGGAGCGCCCAUACGGUAAGCACACCGUCGUUGGCUAGCUGUGAUGGCGGUAACGGGCACUUGGGUGUUGAUAUUUGCUAUUGAUCAUCGCCUGUCGUUUUCGGUGCUUCCCAGUCAAUUUGAUACCUUCCUCCAACCAACCCACAUUAACAAAGAGCGCCAUCUGCCUGGAAUGCGUUUCGAAUGGGCUUCUUCGGAGGGUGCUCUAGCUCGUGAGGACGUGGUAGUAUUUCGGGCUCAAAGCCAUGUCGCGAGUUGCUGCACGAACGACCCAUCCCUUCGCUCGUGAUGUUAUUUCGACUUUGCCCUCUUUGCUCCCGUCGUUAUUUCACUUUACAUGUCCGUGCCCUACCCCACCAAGAACAUUUGCCACGCGGUACGCUUCCGCCCUCGAACGAGUUGGGACAUCGCCUCGGGAGCGCUUGACAGCACGCUGGUGUUUUGGGAUUUCAGCACCGGCAGAGUCCGUCGAAAGCUGAACCUCUUGGAGGGUUCAUGUGUUCCUUCUGUUUCUUCUGCUUCCAGCUGCUCGCCGCAACAGGACGUGCUCAAACCUCGCUUUCUGAUAUUUACCUAUAUGUCGAUGUGUGCGGAUAUUGAACCCGCAGAUUACCCCAGAGAUCAGACUACCCUUUCCUCCCCGCACUCCAUUCCCCCCCCCCUUCUUUUGGAAACUGCCGUUUUCCAGCUCUUCAACCCCCCUUUUGUCCAUUCGGUGGACUUCACCGCGGACGGCUGUUUCCUGGCGGCUGGACUUGGCGACAGUGGUGUCGUUGUAGUUGACGCAAAAACUCGCGCGCCUGUUGGCCGAUGUGACGGUCAUUCCGCCCCAGUAUCUCAGGUGCAUUACCCAAGCUUUGAUCCGAAGCUGCUAGUUUCCGCAGGAAACGACCAAAACCUUCUUUGGUGGGACCAACGACAGUUCGAGCAUCACAGCGAAGAUUUGAAGGGAAACACCGGCGACGGUGGCGGCGCUGCUGGUGGUGGUUCUGGGGUAUCAAAAUCAAGGAAGUCGAGGCCAUCUGGAAAGAAAAAGGCCAGGUCAAAGGGAGUCAACAAACGUCAACCAGCCGAGGUUGACGGGGCACAACGGGGGGACAACGGGAGAGAGGACUUAAGAGGUGGAAACAUUAGGAAGGAGGUGGGGCCCGAAGCGGAGGUCGGAAGCGUCUCUUCGGAAGCCGGCGAAACCGCCACCGAGGGCCUCCGCGACGGUAUUGUCAGAUGCUCGGUCCCGCUGCUGGCGGUGCGUCUCGAGGAGAAACCAAACUGGGUCACCAGCUUCACAGUA